CGCGGCCAUCCCACCGCGCGCCCUCUAGACACCACCCUACACACAGCACUAUAUACGGUCGGUCAUGAAAAAUCUUGCCAAUUUGCUGGCUGUCCCGAUCAGCGAACACGUGGUAACUUUCAUCUCCUCGGUAGCCGCGGCCACACUGCACGCGUGGACGACAGAGGGGCGUAGCGGCCGUUGGUGGUCGGUGGGAGGUCGCGGGCGCAAAGCGUGCGGCCGCGCUCGUUUCCCCCACCACACACACCCACCCAUUCACUGUUAGCAGUAGGCAGUUCACUCGGGGGGAGUUCGAUAGACAAUGUCCGAGGACUUGGACUCGAUUAGCGAGGAAGAACGAAGCUUGUUCCGACCCUUCACAAGAGAGUCACUAGCCGCUAUCGAAGCCCGCAUAGCAGAGGAGCAUGCCAAGCAAAAGGAACUCGAGAAAAAACGAGCGGAAGGCGAGAACGAUUUGGGGCGGCCGAAAAAGAAAAAAGAAGUGCGAUACGAUGACGAAGACGAGGACGAAGGCCCUCAGCCGGACGCGACCCUGGAGCAGGGCUUGCCCUUGCCGGUGCGAAUGCAGGGCUCCUUCCCUCUGGAACUCGCCUCCACACCCCUAGAGGAUAUUGACCCUUUCUACCAUAACCAGACAACCUUCGUAGUUAUAAGCAAGGGUAAAGAUAUCUUCAGAUUUUCGGCAACGAACGCCCUAUGGAUACUUAACCCGUUCAAUCCAAUAAGAAGAGUGGCGAUAUACAUAUUAGUGCAUCCUUUGUUCUCUUUGUUUAUCAUUACGACGAUCUUAGUGAACUGCAUACUUAUGAUAAUGCCGACGACACCGACUGUUGAAAGUACUGAAGUUAUCUUUACCGGGAUCUACACGUUUGAAUCAGCGGUGAAAGUAAUGGCCCGGGGUUUCAUACUACAGCCAUUCACAUACCUUAGAGAUGCAUGGAAUUGGCUUGACUUCGUAGUAAUAGCUUUAGCUUAUGUGACGAUGGGCAUAGAUCUUGGAAACUUGGCCGCGCUAAGAACGUUCAGGGUACUGCGAGCGUUGAAGACUGUGGCCAUUGUACCGGGUUUGAAGACCAUCGUCGGAGCCGUGAUAGAGUCCGUGAAGAAUCUGCGGGACGUGAUCAUCCUGACCAUGUUCUCUCUAUCCGUGUUCGCACUGAUGGGGCUGCAAAUCUACAUGGGUGUGCUCACGCAGAAGUGCGUCAAGGUGUUCCCGGAAGACGGCUCGUGGGGGAACCUCACCGAUGAGAACUGGGAGAGGUUUUGCCAGAAUGAAACGAACUGGUACGAAGAAGGAGGUGAAUAUCCGCUAUGUGGAAACUCAUCAGGGGCAGGGCAAUGCGAGCCGGGCUACGUGUGUCUGCAGGGCUUCGGGCCGAACCCGAACUACGGAUACACGAGCUUCGACACCUUCGGCUGGGCUUUUUUGUCCGCUUUCCGUCUAAUGACCCAGGACUAUUGGGAGAAUCUCUACCAAUUGGUGUUGCGGUCAGCGGGGUCUUGGCACGUGCUGUUCUUCGUGGUGAUCAUCUUCUUGGGCUCGUUCUACCUCGUGAACUUGAUCUUGGCCAUCGUCGCCAUGUCCUACGACGAGUUGCAGAAGAAGGCCGAGGAGGAGGAACAGGCUGAGGAAGAAGCGUUGAGGGAAGCGGAGCAGAAAGCAGCAGCGAGAGCGGACAAGCAGGAAGCGAGGGAAGCUCACGCUCGCGAGCAAGCGGCGGCGGCCGAGGCGGCGGCCUACGCGGAGGCGCAUCCCGCCAAGUCGCCCUCCGAAUUCUCCUGCCACAGCUACGAGCUCUUCGUCAACCAGGAGCGCGGCAACCAGGACGACAAUACGCGCGAGCGCAUGUCCCUCCGUAGCGACCCGUUCCAGGACUCGGUGAGCACUCAGCCCACGCAAAGGCCCGCCGACCAGCACCACGAAUCACGCCGCCCGAGGAAGGUUAGCAUGGCGUCGUUAUCUCUGCCGGGGUCGCCGUUCAACUUGCGGCGGGGUUCGCGGGGAUCGCACCAGAUGGCGCUGCGGCCGAACGGGCGGAACCGAUACCCGCCGGGCGCUGACCGCAAGCCGCUGGUGCUUUCGACGUACCUGGAUGCGCAGGAGCAUCUGCCCUACGCCGACGACUCUAACGCUGUCACACCUAUGUCUGAAGAAAACGGUGCUAUCAUCAUUCCUGUAUACUACGCUAAUUUAGGCUCUCGCCAUUCCUCGUACACGUCGCAUCAAUCGCGGUUAUCGUAUACGUCGCACGGAGACCUGCUGGGCGGCAAGGUGCAGACGAAGGAGCAGCGGCUGCGUGGACGCUCAGCCUCGCGCAACCACAGCGUCACGUCGCAGCCGCACGCCUACCCGCUGCCGAGGCAGGACUCCUCGCUCGCGUCCAGGCCGCUACGGGAGUAUGAGAUGAGCACGACUGAAUGCACGGACGAAGCCGGGAAAGUGUUGAAGCCAUCCAACGACAACCCUUUUAUAGAAAAUUCGCAACAGCCUAAUGUCGUUGAUAUGAGAGACGUAAUGGUACUAAACGAAAUCAUCGAACAAGCGGGAAGGCAAAGCAGAGCAAGCGAUCAGAACGUGUCAGUGUACUACUUCCCAACAGCGGAAGACGACGAAGAUGGCCCCACGUUUAAGGAGAAACUCCUGGAAUGUCUGAUGAAGGGGAUAGACCUGUUCUGUGUUUGGGACUGCUGCUGGUUGUGGCUGGAGUUUCAGAAGUAUGUCGCACUGCUGGUGUUCGAUCCCUUCGUAGAGUUGUUUAUCACGCUGUGUAUCGUCGUCAAUACGCUGUUCAUGGCAUUGGAUCAUCACGAUAUGGACAAAGAUAUGGAAAAGGCGCUCAAAAGCGGAAACUAUUUUUUCACCGCGACAUUCGGUAUUGAAGCUAUGUUGAAAUUAAUAGCGAUGAGUCCUAAAUAUUAUUUUCAAGAAGGAUGGAACAUAUUUGACUUUAUCAUAGUGGCCUUAUCACUUUUGGAGUUGGGUUUGGAAGGCGUUCAGGGUUUGUCUGUUUUGCGUUCCUUUCGUUUGCUGCGUGUAUUUAAACUGGCCAAGUCUUGGCCGGCGCUAAACCUUAUUAUAUCCAUAAUGGGUAGGACGGUGGGAGCUUUAGGGAACUUGACAUUUGUACUUUGCAUCAUUAUAUUCAUAUUCGCUGUGAUGGGAAUGCAGUUGUUUGGGAAGAACUACACAGAUUAUGUGGACCGCUUCCCUGACGGAGACCUCCCGAGAUGGAACUUUACAGAUUUCAUGCACAGUUUCAUGAUUGUGUUCCGAGUACUCUGCGGAGAGUGGAUAGAGAGCAUGUGGGACUGUAUGUUAGUGGGAGAUGUCUCAUGUAUACCGUUCUUCUUGGCUACUGUCGUCAUUGGCAAUCUUGUGGUUCUUAACCUUUUCUUGGCCCUGUUACUGUCAAAUUUCGGUUCAUCGAGUUUAUCGACGCCUACCGCGGACCAGGACACGAAUAAAAUAGCAGAGGCCUUCAACAGAAUAUCCAGGUUUACAGAAUGGGUCAAACGGAACGUGGCAGAUUUUCUGAAGCUACUAAAGAACAAAUUGACGAACCAGAUAGCGAUACACGCACCCGAGCGCGUCGACAACGACCUGGAACUGGCCACGGACCUCGACGACGCCGUCCUGUACAAAGACAAAAAACUAAAGGAUCAAGUCGAAGUAGCCAUAGGAGACGGCAUGGAAUUCACGAUACCAGGUGACAAUAAAUAUAAAAAAGGGAAAAUAUUGAUGAAUAAUAUUAACGCUAUGGAUAGUAAUCAUAGAGACAAUCGGUUAGACUGUGAACUAAAUCAUCACGGAUAUCCUAUACAAGACGACGAUACAAUAAGUCAGAAAUCAUAUGGUAGUCAUAAGAUUAGAUCAUUUAAAGAUGAAAGCCAUAAAGGUUCGGCAGACACGAUAGACGGUGAAGAGAAGAAAGACGCCAGUAAAGAGGAAUUAGGACUCGAAGAGGAAAUGAUAGAAGAGGAAGAGGAUGGCAAAUUAGAUGGAUCGUUAGGCAAACAAGACAUCAUUGUAGCCGCAGACGAGGAAGUGGUUGAUGACUCGCCAGCAGAUUGUUGCCCGGAGCCUUGCUACCAGCGCUUCCCGUUCCUUGCCGGGGACGACGAGUCCCCAUUCUGGCAGGGCUGGGGAAUGCUCAGACUAAAGACUUUCAAACUCAUAGAAAAUACUUAUUUUGAAACGGCUGUGAUUACAAUGAUUUUACUCAGUAGUUUGGCCUUGGCGUUAGAAGAUGUACAUUUACCACAUCGGCCAAUCCUUCAAGACAUUUUGUACUACAUGGAUCGUAUAUUCACCGUAAUCUUCUUUAUCGAGAUGUUGAUCAAGUGGCUCGCCCUCGGCUUCCAAAAGUAUUUCACUAACGCCUGGUGUUGGCUCGACUUCAUCAUCGUCAUGGUCUCGCUUAUAAACUUCGUAGCGGCGCUUUGUGGCGCCGGAGGCAUUCAGGCGUUCAAAACGAUGAGAACGCUUCGCGCUCUGCGACCGCUCAGGGCCAUGAGUCGCAUGCAGGGCAUGAGGGUGGUGGUGAACGCGCUGGUUCAGGCGAUACCUUCUAUCUUCAACGUGCUGCUCGUGUGCCUCAUCUUCUGGCUUAUAUUUGCCAUCAUGGGUGUGCAACUGUUUGCUGGAAAAUACUUCAAGUGCGUUGACCUAAACCAUACAACUCUGAGUCAUGAAAUUAUUCCGGACCGAAAUGCUUGCAUAUUGGAAAAUUAUACUUGGGAAAACUCGCCUAUGAACUUUGACCACGUCGGAAAAGCCUACCUAUGUCUCUUCCAAGUGGCUACAUUCAAAGGCUGGAUUCAGAUCAUGAACGAUGCUAUCGAUUCGAGAGAGGUGGGACGUCAACCAAUCCGAGAGACUAACAUAUACAUGUACUUGUACUUUGUAUUCUUCAUCAUCUUCGGCUCGUUCUUCACUCUCAAUCUAUUCAUCGGUGUGAUCAUCGACAACUUUAACGAGCAAAAGAAGAAGGCAGGUGGUAGCUUAGAGAUGUUCAUGACUGAAGAUCAAAAGAAAUAUUACAACGCCAUGAAGAAAAUGGGUUCCAAGAAACCAUUGAAGGCCAUCCCAAGACCAAAGUGGCGUCCACAAGCAAUAGUGUUCGAAAUAGUUACAGAUAAGAAGUUCGACAUGAUAAUCAUGUUGUUUAUUGGUCUAAACAUGUUAACCAUGACGUUAGACCACUAUCAACAAGCGGAAACGUUUAGCAACGUACUCGACUAUCUAAAUAUGAUAUUCAUCGUGAUAUUCAGUUCAGAGUGCCUGCUGAAAAUAUUCGCCUUACGGUACCAUUAUUUUGUUGAGCCGUGGAAUCUAUUCGAUUUCGUCGUUGUAAUGUUCUCUAUUCUUAGUUUGGUGCUGAGUGAUAUAAUAGAAAAAUAUUUUGUAUCACCAACGUUAUUGAGAGUAGUAAGAGUAGCAAAAGUGGGUCGAGUACUCCGAUUAGUGAAAGGUGCGAAGGGUAUCAGAACCCUGUUGUUCGCGCUAGCCAUGUCACUGCCAGCUCUGUUCAACAUCUGUCUACUGCUGUUCCUCGUCAUGUUCAUCUUCGCCAUAUUCGGCAUGUCGUUCUUCAUGCACGUCAAAAACAAAGGCGGCCUCGACGACGUGUACAACUUCAAGACUUUCGUGCAGAGCAUGAUAUUGCUAUUUCAAAUGUCGACCUCCGCCGGCUGGGACGGCGUGCUGGACGGCAUCAUCAACGAGGAGGAGUGCAACCUGCCCGACAACGAGCGCGGCUACCCCGGCAACUGCGGCUCCGCCACCAUCGGCAUCACCUACCUGCUGUCCUACCUCGUCAUCUCCUUCCUCAUCGUCAUCAACAUGUACAUCGCCGUCAUCCUCGAGAACUACUCGCAGGCCACAGAAGACGUGCAGGAAGGUCUCACGGACGAUGACUAUGACAUGUAUUACGAAAUCUGGCAACGGUUCGAUCCGGAUGGCACACAGUACAUUCGCUACGAUCAGCUGUCAGAUUUCCUCGACGUGCUGGAGCCGCCCUUGCAGAUUCACAAGCCGAACAAGUACAAGAUCAUAUCGAUGGACAUUCCCAUAUGUCGCAACGACAUGAUGUUCUGCGUGGACAUCCUGGACGCGCUGACGAAGGACUUCUUCGCGCGGAAAGGCAACCCGAUCGAGGACCCCGGAGACCUCGAGGUCGGGCGGCCGGACGAGGUGGGCUACGAGCCCGUGUCGUCGACGCUGUGGCGGCAGCGCGAGGAGUACUGCGCGCGGCUGAUCCAGCACGCGUGGCGGCGGCACCGGCGCGCGCACGGCGACGGCGACGAGGCGGAGGCGGGCGCGGGCGCGGGCGCGGGCGCCGCCACGGCCGUGCUGCUGGACGCCGUGACGCCCAACGGGCACCGCGUGGUGCUGCAGGCGGCGGCGGCGGCGGCGGCGCGCCCGCCCGACCCCGCGCCGCCGCCCGCGCCCGUCUGA